UUGAAACGUGCUUAUUUACGAUUGGAUAUUGUCUAUAAUGAUGUCAUUUUUUGAGUGAAGUUUUUUUCGUGACGUCCUUUGGAAGGUGUGGUUUCCCCAUGACAAUUUGAGGCUGCGCAGCAAACAAACGAACGAACAGGAGCUCAUUAAAAUAGGUGAUAUGACAGAGACAAGAACAUGAAGGACUUUGUUUUUUCUGUAGAUUGACUUGAUAUGCUGCAUUUUGUGGAGCAGUAAGGAACUUUGAGAAAGUAGUACUUCAUUCAGCGAACAUCUAAAUGGCCAAUGUAUUCAUUUUGGAUAAUGGAGCAUACUCAAUUAAAGGAGGAUUUUCUAAUCAAAAUGAGCCCAGAGUUAUGCCUAAUGCAAUAAUGAAAGCAAAGAGUGAAAGAAGACGUCCCUUCAUAGGUGAUCAAGUUGAAGAUUGUCGAGAUGCUUCCGGUUUGUUCUACAUUCUUCCUUUUCAAAAAGGAUAUUUAGUCAACUGGGACAUACAAAAAACUGUCUGGGAUUACCUGUUUGGGAAGGACGUAUUCAAUGUUAACCACUCAAACACUACAAUGAUCAUUACGGAACCAUAUUUUAAUUUUACAAGCAUUCAAGAAGGAAUUAGCGAAAUCUUCUUUGAGGAAUAUGAUGUUGAUGCAUUACUGAGAAUAAAUGCUGGUGAUCUGUCUGUUCACAAAUAUCAUCGUGAUAGACCAAGAGAACUUUGCUGUUUACUAGUGGAAUCAGGAUUCAGUUUUACGCACAUUGUUCCUUAUAUACAAGGCAAGAAGCAGAAGGAUGCCAUUUUGCGAGUAGAUGUUGGUGGAAAAGUGCUUACAAAUCAUUUGAAGGAGGUCAUUUCAUACAGGCAGCUGAAUGUUAUGGACGAGACUUUUGUGAUUAACCAAGUGAAGGAAGAUGCAUGUUUUGCGUCUUUAGAUUUCAACGCUGACAUGAGAAUAGCCAGACAGGCAAAACAAGACAAUUCCAUACUUCGUGAUUAUGUUUUGCCAGAUUUUACAACUAUUAAGAGGGGCUAUGUCAGAUCUUUUGAAGAGUCCACAGGAAAAGCUACAGCUGGUGAACAGUUAAUCCGCCUCAACAAUGAAAGGUUCAGUAUUCCAGAGCUUCUGUUCAAUCCCAACGAUGUUGGCAUUCAAGAAAUGGGAAUCACUGAAGCCAUUGUCCAUUCCAUUAAUAAAUGUCCUGAAGAAACACGGCCUCACCUUUUCAGGAAUGUUCUUCUAACAGGUGGCAACUGUAAUUUCCCUAAUAUUAAAGACAGAGUGUUUAAUGAUGUAAGAUCCCUAGCUCCUGAUAAUUAUGAAGUUAAUGUCACAUUAGCUAAAAAUCCAUCUACAUAUGCUUGGAGAGGAGGUGCUGCCAUAAGUAGAUCUGCACACUUCCCAGAGAUGCUGGUUACCAAAAGAGAAUGGGAGGAAGAUGGGUAUAAUGUUUGUCAAGAAAGAUUCAGUGUUUAAGUAGGUAGCUGUGCUUUUGUAUUUAAAUGGAUUCUCAAAAUAAAUAAUUUGUAUAAAA